AUGAACUCGGACAAAGAAAAUGAGCAGCCUGAGACACGCGCAAACACGCCGCGACGAGGCAAGGCUGGCGGCAUGCGCAGCGCGUCGGUGCGUAUGCCGACGCCCGACUCGGGCUCAACAACUGGUAACGGCAGCAAGAGGAGGAGAACCGAUAACUACGCAAUGGCUCAGCCGCACAUUUACGAAGAUGGAAACGACGAGCAAGAGGAGGAGGAGGAAGAGGACAUGCACGAAGUGGAAACGCCCUCGCAGCCCCCACCCGAGUCAGAUGAGGAAGGCGACCAGAAGUACUACAACCCAAACCAGAACCCCGAGCAGCGAAGGAGACUGCGAGCAAACAUGCGCGAUAACCAUCGUAUGCUGGAAGAUAAUCGCGAUGACUAUGUCAAAUCACGCGACAGCGGACUGCUUGAUGCUAUCAAGACACAAAACAGCUUGUUCGGCAAGGUGCGACAAACGGCUGACGCUACCGUUGACUCCCGCUUCCUCGUCAGCGCCAGCGACCUAGCAGGCAAGAAACUCAACAACAGCUUAGGCAACUCUGGUGUUGGCAUCGAUCUGGAUCAAUUCGUUUCAAAAUGCAUAUACUUUAUGAAAUCCGGCGGUUACAUCGCAGGCGAGGAAGACGCACCCGCACUAGCCGUAGGCGAUGACGACGAGGAAGAUCCAGAUGGGCUCGACUGGGCAUUACUGGGUCGGCGAGCAUGCUUCCCGCGCAACAGGCGACCGCCAACAUCAAGUUUCCUGCUUGGCCCACUCUCAGUUCAGAGGCGCGUUCGUGUGACUCAAAAGAAAGCUCGAUCGCAACGGCAACCUCUUGGUCCAGCAACUCGACCCCAGGAGAUUCAGACCAGUGACAUUCAGCAAAAUGAGAGCAACAACUUGACGACCUUGGUUAAAGGUAUCAGGUCACGCUUGGAACAGCAUAUCACAGUUUCCGAAACGUUGGUCGAAGAAGAACUCUACGCAAUGCCAGGAGAUGAGAUACCUGACGACGUUAAAGCCGCUGCUCUUGUACGCCACAGAAUUGCCAUGACCAACGAAGACGAAACCGCAGUCAACCUGCUUGAUUUUGCAAUAAACCCUCACGACUUUGGGCAGACGGUUGAGAACCUUUUCUAUAUCAGUUUCCUGGUAAAGGAAGGAAAUGCUAAGAUAGUCAAAGACGCACAUGGACUUCCGCUACUUUCACCCAGUGGCGUCUCAGAACACCGAGAGAGAGACGUACAAAAACACCAGGCCGUGUUCAGCCUCGACUUCCCUUCCUGGCGGAUGUUCAUUGAAGCGUAUGAUAUCACAACGCCGCUCAUACCACAGCGCGAAGUGGAAGAGGCAACUGUUGGCGCCAACGGCUGGUACAACGGCUGA